AUGUCGGCCAAAGAUACAAUUUCUCUCGCGCACACAGCUAGGUGCAAAUUGAUGAUUGCAGCUGACCAACCUGAUCGUAAUCUUCGUUUCAUUCUUGGUCAUGCCUUCACGUUAGACAAAUUACGGCUUCGGGUUCUUGAGAUUGAAACCGAGAAUGGUGGUUUGGAGGAUGAUUCAGAGCUCUCGACAUUAAAUGCAGAACGGCCUCGACGUGUCAGUUUCCCCAAUAACUCCAGGUCUCAUACAACAACCAGAAACCGGAGCCCGCCUCCAGGCGGCAAGGCGCAAUUUGAUUCCUCAAGCUCGGAUGAUGGAUAUGAGGAAGAUGACGAGGAGGAAGAUGAGGAGGCUGACGAUGGCUUGUCCCUGAGAAGAUUUACAUCGGCAACCGCUCAACCCCCUCGUAUGAUCGAAGAUGAGGAUAGUGACGGAGAGGAUGAGAAUGAGAACGAACCUGUCUCUCCUCCUCCUUUACCGACCGAUAUGGAGCUACAGACCAUCACGGAAGGCCCGGAGAGCGAAGACCUAGCUGGCCUUUACCAACACGUAAAGGGGUGUCCUUGUUCAGCGGAACACCAGAAUGCACCUGGUAUCACUAGGGCGUGGGAACUCCCGCAGAAGCCGGGCUACGAAGGGAAGAGGCUUGCUGUGGUCGAGGUUGCGGCAUGA